GCGGGGCAAAGGAGGCGGAGCGUUCUUGUUUCGUUCGAAAAAGAGCUGUCAAGAGUCGAGACUCCCGCGUGAAAGGGGGUGAGUGGAGAUUGGCCUAUCAUGUGACGGGCUAAGAUGGCGGUCUCUACAGAAGGUUCAGACUUGGAAGCCUCAUUGCUGAGUUUUGAAAAAUUGGACAGGGCAUCUCCAGACUUGUGGCCAGAGCAAUUACCAGGUGUUGCUGAAUUUGCAGCUUCUUUUAAAAGUCCAAUCACCAGUUCUCCACCUAAAUGGAUGGCUGAAUUAGAAAAUGAUGAUAUUGACAUGUUGAGAGAGCUGGGAAGUCUCACUACAGCUAAUCUGAUGGAGAAGGUUAGAGGUUUACAGAAUUUGGCAUAUCAGUUGGGACUGGAUGAAUCCAGAGAAAUGACUAGAGGGAAAUUCCUGAACAUCCUGGAGAAACCCAAAAACUACCUAAAUGUGACUGCAGUGGAAGUGUGAAGAAAAAACUAAAGAAGAUAAUAAGAAAGAAACACACUCAUAUGAAGAAAAUGUGUGUCCUGUGCUCAGCUUAAUCAUUUACUCUUUCCUUCAGUUUCAGAUCUCUUAUCUCUUAAAAAAUGUCUAAAGGCAAAAUAAAUUCUCUGUCAUAUCAGAAUCUUCCCAAAAGCAAAAAAUAUCUUUUUAGGCUACCCGUUUUGUAUUAUAUUCAUAGCUCUAGAAAAGAUAUCUUCAAAUUGGAUUUCUCUUUUGGGUAUACAUAGAAGGUGCUUUGUACAGUAUAUAGAAGUAACAAAUUAUAUAUUGAAAAGCCAUGAUUUCUCUUUAAGUCUCCUUCUUUUCCAAAAAUACUUUUAAAAUAGCUGGCUGGCAAGACACCAGGUCAAGGUCUUUUCCUUGUAUUGGUUUCUCUACAAUAAAGUACUGAAUAGGGUUUCCCUGAAACUGGUACUUAGAUUUGUGAGAUAUGGUGACUUGAAGAUAUUGGAGUUGAAAGUGUCAAAUUAGGAAAAGUUGUGCUAGUUACAUUUGGGGAAUUACCAAGCUAAAAUUAAGCACUUUUACAUCCCAUUAAAGUGAUAUUAAGAGUAUCUUCCCCCAUUAUGGAAUAAGCAGAAUUAAGAAAGGCCUAAUUUUGGAUUUUGGCCUGCAAAUGUUUUAAUGAAAACCUUUUUUCUUUGAUGAAAAACAAUAUUAAUAUUGGAUUGUAUAUCAAAAGUUUGAUUUUUAAAAAAAGUUGGCAUCUCAACAAAUCUGAAGUUUUCAACAUGCAUCUGUGUACUGUUCCAUUUACUGGAGCGGUAAUGCAACUUUAGAAAUGAAAGAAUAAAUAUAAGCAAAAAAACAGUAUGCAGUUUAAUAUAUAUUGUAAAUAAUGACCAUUUUCUGUGUUCUGGUAGUUUGUAAAUUAUAUGAGUGAAAUAUUUCUCGUGUACAGCAAAUCAGACGUAUUUCCAUUUUAAAUUAUUAUAUAUAUUGCAUUUUUUCUAGAACAGAGGUUCUAGAUUAGAACAUUCUAAUCGCAUACGAGACAUCAAAUGGCAAUUCACAAAGUUUGCCCUGUAAGGACAUUAAAUUUGCAGACUUUAAGAUUCACAUGCGAAAAUAUUACAUCCAUGCCAAAACUAUAAAUGAUGAUGAACAGUUAGCAAAAAAAUAUUAGGAGCAGGAAAAAAUGUGCUUACUGCUCAGAGAAAAAGUUUGUUUUUCAACAGUAACCUAAUAUUUAUAUUUUUGUUUAGGAAUACUGAAAUGUUACCUUUUUUGUUUGUGGGUUUUAAUAUAUGUUCAGAGUUGAGCAUUUUGAAAUAUCCUAAUGAUUGAAGGAUAAGGGAGGAGAGAUUUUAAAUCUCACAUUAAAAACAAAGUGGUUGACUUUUGAAGUAUUAUCUGUCCAAAAUACAUUUGGAGCCUUGGUUUAUGGGCAACUUAUAGAUAAGAGCCCCACUGCCAGGAUCUGAUUAGUUAACCUCUUUUACAUUUGAAAAUGUUUCCUUUUAUUAUAAAAAUUUGUAAUUCUGAACAUAUACCCAAUUAUUUGUAUAUAUGCUUUAAGUAGAGAUAUUUAUAUUUUUAAUGCAUAGAUAUGUUAAAUAUUUAGUAAAAGUGCCCUACAUCAGUAAUUUGUAUGUUUCAAUUUUGUGCUUUUGAUAGUAAAUAAAAAGUUACAUUUUUAAAACAUUCCUAUGAAAUCUGGACUGUUGAAUCAUACUUCUUAAAUAAAUCCCAGACUGACAUUAUAUAUAUUUAUGUAUUCAGAAUUUCCAUUGGAUUUGAUUAUUAAUAGGAGACACCUUGCUAUCUGUGUAAAGUUUGCUGCAGACAGGUUAAAGUAUCUUCAUUCUUUUAACAAAAAAAUGUAACCAUCUCAAAAAGCUGUUUACUAAUAUUUUUAUUUGCAUUUGAGGUACAAAUAUAUUUUAUAGUUCAAUAUUUUUAAAAGAAUAAAGCUUUGAAAGCAGAAAUAAAAAAAGAAUAAAACUCAA